AUGGGCUCUGCCAUGUCGGCGCCAACGGCAACGGCAACACCAAAUCCAAACGGCCUGUCCCAAGCGAUGCAUACCCCGCGUGUAGGUGGCGCGAGCAGUGGAAAAAUAUUGACUCUUGCGCUGCCCACGUCUGAGGACGCCAAGGAGGCGCAGCACAUGUAUGAGUUUGGGGAUGUCAUUGGCCCCUCGGUAACAGAUGAGCAAAUGUGUCGCUCGAUUGUCCCAGGCAUAAUUGAUCCAAUGAAAGCCGGGUUUAACGCCUGUGUGCUGUGCUACGGUCAAACGGGUAGUGGCAAAACGCAUACAAUAAACGCCCUAAUCCCUGCUGUUGCUACGGCCUUGUUUGACACUCUGGAUGCGGAGAAUGACAUCGUGGAGGUGUCGUACAUACAAAUAUACAACAACAAUGUCUAUAAUCUGCUCGGUGAAGAAGCUCAGUAUGGGCGUGGGGCACUUCGGCACAAACCAAGGGGAACACUGGUGCAGGAACCACGGUACGUUGUGCGUGAUGCCGUGGACGCAAAGUCAAAGAUUGCUGAGGCGCAGCACAAAAGAUUCGUGGGUUCUCAUGCAUUGAAUGCGCGUAGCUCCCGGUCGCACGCUUUCCUUUCCUUUCAUGUGACAAAAUGCGUUGAGGGUAUCCCUGUACUAAAAAGUAGUUUGACGAUGGGUGAUCUUGCAGGUUCAGAGCGUGUAACGAAGACGGGUGUUGCAGGGGUAGAGCUUGAGGAACCCAUUGCCGUUAAUAAGUUUCUUUCAGUGCUACAUGCCGUCAUAAAGGCUACCGCCGAUGGCGCAGAGGUAUUGCCCGUGCGAGAGUCCAUCCUAACUCGCUAUCUUGCCUCCACUGUCACCGGCAGCCACCUACUUCUCAUUGCAACUGUGUCGCUGGACAAACAGGAUUACGCGGAAACAAGGAGUUGCCUCGAUUUCGCCACAGCGGCAAAGCGGUACGUUGUGAAGAGAAGUAAAAAUCGAUCGAGAGAUUUUUUUCUGAAUGUAACAAGUAGUUUUGAGGAGGCCUACACGCAACUGCUGAAAGAGGUGGAGACGUUGCGCUAUCGUGUGCGCACGUUCCAGGAGGAAUUAAAUAUUGAAAAGCAGCGCUCUGCCCUCGUCGUAAAGCGUGCCUGUCCCACUCCGACAGCCGCAGAGGCAGGGAGUACCGGCACGGCUGACGAGCACGCUUUAAGAGACUCCUCCGCGACAGUGCAGGGGAAACACGAGGUUGCCAAAAUGCGCAAGCACGUCCUAGAGUUGGAGCGUCAGUGUGCUGUUUUUCAGAGUAUUUUAAGUGACCGAGAAAACGAGUUGAAUGCAUUUGAAUCACGAGGAGAGGUUGCGAAGAAAGUGAUGCAGGAGAUACAGCAAAAAGCGAGGGAAAGGGAGGAGGCACAGCGAGCUCUGGAAGAAGCGGCGCCUCAGCUAGAAACAAGUGACUUGCUGCGCAAGGUGACAGACACGAUUGCAUGGAUGCAGGAAGAGUUGGAUAGUGUGUGCCAACAGAAACAGUUUAUGGCGAGGGCGAUGGAAGGAAUGCGGUGUGAGCAGCAUCGUGUGACGGUGGACCUUUUAGAGGCCCGAAAGGGUCUGAUACGGCUUGAAGGCGCCCAAGAGGAAUCCUCGCAGAAGUUGAAGGAAGCUGCUACGGAAAACACAGAGCUGAAGGAUCGACUUGAGGAACUGAAUUUGAGGCUUCUACGCGAGUGCGCCGAGCGUGCCAUUCGUGAGGAGACGAUGGCUUGGUUCAAGGCCUCCACUGAACGCGAUGAACAGUGUGAGCGGCUGCGGACGGCGCUGGAAGAGCAGCGGAAUCUCUGCGACGUUCUUCAAGGCCGUUUAAAUAGCACGGAACAGGAACUUGAUCGCAGUAAUAAGCAGCAGGGUACUCUGCUGCAGGAAAUGCGCAAAAAGGACGAGGCGUUUCGCACUAUUUGGCUUCUGCUUACUCCACAACAAAAGGCGCGCUUCCUUUCAUUUGGGGACAGUGGCGAGGGCGCGAGUGGUGCUGGUUCCUCCUCACUGCAUCAAGGCCACGAAAAUGUACAGCUGCGGACUCAACUGCGAACGAUGAAGCGACAAUUAGAAGAGGAGUUGCUGCGUAAGAAGGAGCUGGAGUACAGAAUAGACGAUUUAGAAAAGGAAAACAACCUCCUACAAGGGCGGCUGCGGACCCGAGAGGAUGAGUAUAAGAGCCUUCUCUCUCUUGACCAGGAUUAUAGAGACGAGCGUGAGCAUAUGGAGCAGCAGAUUGCUCACCUGUUCACCUACAUCGAGGAGCACAACGCGAAAGAGCAGGUGACUGAGCGACAACUUCGUGACGCGCAGUCCGAGUGGGAAAAGUUGAAUAAAGGGCAUCAGAAUGCGCAACGUGAGGUGGUGGAUUUAACGGCAAAGCUUGAGAAGGUAGAGGAAGAACUUCGAGCGCAGCGGGUCGAUAACACCAAGACUAAGGAUCGUGUGAGGGAGGCGCAGAAGCAGGAGGCGCCCAUUGCAGGUCUGCAUCAUCAGUUGACCACCAUUAAGCACAUUGGCGAUGAGACUUCUCGACGACGCGGAAUUGCAGGCGUAGCGCGGCAGCAAGUGGCGUCCGAGCUUAACAAUUACAAUCCCCACAGCGACAACAUUAAACGGAAAGCCAAGCGCCGCAACCUUGAGCUUUCCUUCAAGUCUUUGAUGCAAAGUGUGGAUCCUGCAAUGUUUGUUCGAGUCGCCACCGCGCAGCCCUUAUCGGUAAAUGGUCGCGGGCAGCGUCACCUGAAUGGGGGACCGCAACAGCUGCGGCGUCGCCAUUCCCCCCCAUUUUUCUUCAGCGAGACAGCGAGGCCACGGAGCGGGUCCCUUGUUAGUAACCGUACCCAUCCCGGCGGUAGCCGUCGCCGCCGUCGCCGCCGAACGAUGUCUCUGCAGAAACCACACGAUUUGAGGUCGCGGCCACAGCUGCUUGCUGCGAAUGCUGUCGUUGCGGAGGCUCCUCCUUUUAUCAUUGGAUGA